CGAGCAGCAGCUGUAAACAUCAGCAGGCUGUGGAAACGUUCUUCUCCUCCUCAACAACUUGGUGGAGUUCUUUCCAGAAGCAGAGAAGCUAUUCUGCGGUCUUCGUGACAAUCGGAGCUCCAGAAGCAGGUGAUGGGUGAGAAAAGCUUUUCUCUAGACUUCCUGCCCUCUGGAUCUGCUGCUGUUCCUUUGGCCUCUCUGAGAAACGCGCUCGUUUUGCUGCUUUCAUCAGAUUGAAGAGGUUCCCUCUAUCAGACUCGCUCAUCUGAGUUGGUCAUGAUGCAGGAUCGCUGCUCGCUCUCUCAUCCAUCCUGCUCACACUCUCCGACGGAAAAGGCCCGAAUCUGAAUGUGACUCUGGAGGAAAAAGCGGUUAGCUCUACUCCGUGAACUCUGCUGUUAGCUAAACACGGCUAAAGAAAACCUGCUACCACUUCAGGAUCAUCCAUCAGCUGGGACUGCUUCAUCAGCAUGGACACAGAUGUUCAACCGAUGGUGCUGGUUAAAGAAGCUCCUGAAGAACAGAGUGCUAGUGAGGACCAGCAGGACCCAGAACACUUCCACAUAAAGGAGGAACAGGACGAACUUAGGACCAAUCAGGAGACUGAUGCUGCCAGGUUUCCAUUCACUGUAGAUACUAUAAAGAGUGAGGAUGAUGAAGAGAAACCUCUGUUCUCACAGCUUCAUCAGCAGCAAAUGGAGGACAGAGAUGUUCCAACCAGCAGCUCAGCUGACCUGAAGACAGCAGAAACUAGAAAGUACUCAAAUCUUUUCCCUCAUGAACAGACAUCUGAUUCUUCAGAGACGGAAGUUAGUAGAGAUGAUGAAGAGGAUGAUGAUGUGAACAUAGACUCUGAGCUGUCUGACACUGGAGACAGAGUCAAUGACUGCAACAAGAGCAGGUCUUCUGAGUCAGAUGUUAAGUCUGUCAACAAAUCCUUUAGCUGCCCUGAGUGUGAUAAACUAUUUCUCCACAAGAGUUCUCUCCAGAAACACGUCGGAGUGACGGGACAUACGGCAAAAAGGUCUUCUGACUGUCGGGUUAUUAGAAAAUGUGUUGGAGUGAAGAAACAAGUGCACGCGUGCAGAAAAAUCCAGAAAGGACUAAAAUCAUAUUGUUGUGACGACUGUGGAAAAAGAUUUCGGGGAAUAUCAGGUUUAAACAGUCACAUGAGAGUCCACACCGGAGAUAAGCCUUUUGCCUGUGAACUCUGUGGACAAAGAUUUAAUCGAAAGACUAAUUUAAACAGUCACAUGAAAGUCCACACUGGAGUGAAGCCUUUUGCCUGUGAACUCUGUGGACAAAGGUUUAGUCGUAAGGCAAGUUUAAACUUUCACAUGAGAGUCCACACCGGAGAAAAGCCUUUUGCCUGUGAGCUCUGUGAACAAAGAUUUAAUCGAAAGACUAAUUUAAACAGUCACAUGAGAGUCCACACCGAAGAGGAGCCUUUUACCUGUGAGCUCUGUGGACAAAGAUUUAGCCAAAAGGAACAUUUAAACAGUCACAAGAGAGUCCAUACAGGACACAAGCCUCUUAUCUGUGAGCUCUGUGGACAACGAUUUAGCCAAACUUUCAAUUUGAACAGUCACAUGAGA